CCAACUUAACGCAGGUACGGAGGAUCUGGGAGGACUAAGGAAAUGCUGGUCACAGAAAGGAGCAGUGUCAUCUCCAGCUACGUCUUUUCUUGUUUGGUUGCUAAGAAAAAUGCCAGAAAACUUAGAGCCACUGCACUUGUGGCCGCGCAAAAGAGAGAUCUGGCCGAGAAUUCCGGGGAAAGUAAACAGCAACCCGGUUUUCCAUUAAUGAAAGUUUCUUCACGCAAGAUUCUUUCUCAGACUGCAGUCGCAGUGCUUGGGUUGGGAUUCGUCGAUGCCGGUUACAGUGGAGACUGGUCAAGGAUUGGAGUGAUCUCAAGGGAGACUGAGGACUUGCUGAAGCUUGGAGCAUUCUUUGUGGUUCCUUUGUGCAUCUUCCUCAUCUUUUCUUUUUCCAAGCAAAACGAGGCUUGAAAUCUCCAUUCAUAUCUCACAGCUAUAUAUGCCAUUAAUUUAAACAGCAAUUAUGAUUAUUUUUCUUU